GCUCAUUACAACUUUAGUAGGCUACCGAUUUGUCUUCCAUUCUAGGUCUAUUUAUUUAGGUUUUAUAUUGGAAACAAUACAUUGGAACUCAACUCCGGUGGCUGCCCCAAGCAGUAGAAACCAAUACAUCUUGUAUCAAAUACGCAGCGAAACCUACAAAAUGUGUGGCAUCUUUGCUUACUUGAACUGGCUGGUGCCGAAGACUAGGAAGGAGAUAAUUGAAAUCUUAGUGAAGGGGUUGCAGAGACAGGAAUACAGAGGCUACGACUCUGCAGGUAUUGGGAUUGAGGGUUCCAACAGCAUCGAUGAUCCCUACAUGAUGACCUUAAUCAAAAUGCCUGGCAAGGUGAAGGCACUUGAGGAUGAAAUCCAGAGGAACGCAGGGCAGCUGGACUUCAGUAGAGUAUUUGACCUUCACGUUGGCAUUGCUCAUACUCGCUGGGCCACCCAUGGCGCUCCCAGUGUGGUAAAUUGUCAUCCCCAAAGGAGCGACACUAAUAAUGAAUUCAUUGUUGUACACAAUGGAAUCAUCACCAAUUAUAAAGAGGUCAAGGUAUAUCUGGAAAAGAAAAACUGCGUGUUUGAGUCCGAAACAGACACAGAAGUGAUUUCCAAGCUUGUGAAGUACUACUAUGACCGACACCAAAACAUGAGCUUCCGGCAGCUUGUAGAGCAUGUCAUUCAGCAGCUGGAAGGAGCCUUUUCGCUUGUCUUCAUGAGCAGUCACUACCCAGGGGAGCUGGUUGCCAGCCGUCGAGGCAGUCCUCUGAUAGUGGGAAUCAAGACCAAGGUGAAGCUGGCUUCGGAUCACAUCCCUGUUAUGUACAGUAAAGGACUGGAAGGUGUACAUGUCGAUUCAGAUGAUAAGGUGAGGCGUGGCAGCAGCUUCAACCCCGACCGCCAGAGCCUUGUGAGCAUCAGCGAGGUCCCAGCAACACCGUACGUGAAUGACAACAUCACGCAAGUGACCACGCUUGAAGGUCACGAGGUCGAAUACUUCCUCGCUUCAGAUGCCAGUGCCCUCAUAGAGCACACCAAUCAAAUGAUUUAUUUGGAGGAUGAUGAUGUAGCAGCUGUCAGUGGUGGCAGUCUGACCAUCCACAGACACACCUCAAUGAAGAAAAAGGAUCAAUUUGCCACACGCGAGAUCCAAACUGUUAUGAUGGAGAUGAAACAGAUCAUGAAAGGUUGUUACAGCUCAUUCAUGCAAAAGGAGAUAUUUGAGCAGCCAGAGUCUGUUGUCAACACCAUGAGGGGCCGACUAAUACCCAAAGAUGGGACUGUUGUCUUGGGUGGACUGAAAGAACACAUUACUGAGAUAAGACGCUGCCGUCGUCUGAUUUUCAUUGCUUGUGGUACUAGUUAUCACAGCGCCCUAGCUACGAGGCAGCUGCUGGAGGAGCUCACUGAGCUUCCCGUUAUGGUGGAGCUGGCGUCGGACUUCCUCGACCGCAACACUCCCGUCUUCCGCGACGACGUCUGCUUCUUCAUCUCACAGUCGGGAGAGACGGCUGAUACACUGAUGGCCCUACGCUAUUGCAAGCGCCAGGGGGCUCUUGCAGUCGGCAUCACCAACACUGUCGGCUCCAGUAUAUCUCGUGAGACUCACUGUGGUAUUCACAUAAAUGCUGGGCCAGAGAUUGGCGUAGCAAGUACAAAGGCGUACACAAGUCAGAUCAUCUCUCUCGUCAUGUUUGGACUGAUGAUAUGUGAAGACCGCAUCUCCCUGCAGCCUCGCAGGCAGGAAAUCAUAGAAGCACUUGGAGAACUCCCAGAUCAAAUCAGAGAAGUGCUGAAAACCGAUGAGAGAGUCAAGGUGCUUGCCGAAGAACUCUACGAUAAGAAAUCUCUCCUCAUCAUGGGUCGAGGCUUCAACUUCGCUACCUGCCUAGAGGGGGCACUCAAAAUCAAGGAGUUGACGUAUAUGCACUCGGAGGGUAUCUUGGCAGGAGAGCUGAAACAUGGACCCCUUGCACUCGUCGAUUCCAAUAUGCCUUUGAUGAUGGUGAUAACGCGCGACCAAGUGUACUCGAAAUGCAUGAACGCACUGCUGCAAGUGACGGCGCGCGGCGGCCGCCCGAUCAUCAUCCUGGAGAAGGACGACGACGAGACGAAGAAGCACGUGGAGAAGAUGCGAUACAUCGAGGUGCCGCACACCGUCGACUGCCUUAGCAGCAUCCUCACCACCAUCCCGCUACAGCUGCUCUCGUACCACAUCGCCGUUCUGAAGAAGUGCGACGUGGAUUGCCCAAGAAACCUAGCAAAGUCUGUGACAGUGGAGUAAAACAUUAAACAUUUAGAAGAGGUUAGGUGGGCCAAUAGUAUAAGAAAAGCAGGGUAUCAACUGCCAUGUACAGUGAUAAAUUUUCAAGGUUAUUUUUUGGAAGUAUUUUGUUAUUUAUAUUUAAAAAUCAUGUGAAAUAAUUUGGUUGUUAGGUGGUACGAAAUUAGGCUUCUUCGUCCAAUUCCUGUUAGUAGAGUGAAAAACAGAAUUCUCCAAUAAUCUCUUCUGUAGCAAAAAUGUAGCUAAACAGAGGUCAAGGAGACAUAGGCCUUAUCUGCUAUAAUAACUGUAACAGUAAGCAUAGUAGGUAUCUGUAGCAAAAGUUACAAAUUACAUUUACGAGUUUGUAGACGGCAUAAUAAUAACAACAUUCCAAUUAUCGUUUUACAGCUUUAUUCCAGUUCACCGACAGUGUACAUUUGGAUUACUCAUUUAAACAUGUUGUGAUUAUAUGGUGGUAUGGACGAUUCAUAUAAUCAUAGAUAUAUAUACCAAAAUUGGUUGGUAUAUAUAUCUAUGAUAUAAUAUACACACUACACACAAUAUGAGCUGGCCCACGUUUCAUCUGAAGUAGUAAUCACUGUGCAGAAUGAUUACAAUAAUUAUACAUAGAUCAGAUUGUUUCUUUCAACAGCAUGUUAGCUAUUAACUUUGAAAAGCAGAAGGACAAUCAAGCAUAAGACAGAUCUGUGGCACUUAUGUAUGACUGGACGUUUGAAUGCAGUUGCAGUGUAUAAUCAAAUAUGUUUUUGUUAGUUCAAAGAAGUGCACAAUGUAGAGAAAUACAUCCAAAGUGCCUUAAUUAAUAUAAUAUAUAUAUAUCUCUAUUGUUGUCAUUUAUUUAAAUAUUUUUGACUUAUUCUGGGCACAGGCUAUAUACCGUUUUAAUGCCUUUUACUACUAGCAUCCGUUUAACCAGCAACAGAAUAAUCAUGCCUUUGACAGUGCGUUUAUUAUAGUGGUAGGGACUUCUUACUAUGGGUGGUAUUCCUUAUACAUUAAUUCCGUUUCCAGCACUUUAACGUAGCAGGUUCAUGUACAACUUUUCUGAUAUACACACACAUA